AUGUCGACACCUCCACCCACCACCUAUGCGGAGGCAGCAUCCGGCAGGAGGAAAGCCACAACCCGAACACCAUCUAGGGGAACCACUCCUGCCCACGCCCUUGUGACAAUGACCACGACUACAACCACCACCACCACGUGCGGGGGUGUGAGGAUGACGGCUUGCAUAUCACCACCAAUUGCUUCGUCAUCUGCCUCGGCGGUAGCGGGACCGUCGACGACGAGACACACGAGGAAAAGGACGAUACCAGAAGCACCCAGACGGGACGACAGGGUUGCACUGGGACACACAAGCGACACAACAACAACAAUACACGAAAUAGACGAAACAGUAGGGACACCACCACAGCUACAGACAACAACAUCACCACCCUUAUACAAGACGCCUCCAACUGCCAGGGAUAUAGAAGUGUAA